CACAUCGUAAAUAUAUGGCCUCACUUUUCGCGUAAACAAACAACGAGAAAAAAAUGUUAAAAAUGAACUACGAAGUAAAUUAGUUGUUUUUUAAAAACAAAGUGCAAUUUAGACUACAUAAUCGUAAUAUUGAAGAUUUAAAAUGAAUUAAGUGCAAUUUGGAAAAAAGCUUUAAUAGUUCGUUAGGACGUUUCAAUCCCCAUUGAAAAACCCGUUUAUCGAGCAAGAGCAGCGGGGGGCGGCCAGAGGUGGAGCAAGGGGAGCGGAAAGCGGAGAAGCAGAAGGAGAACGAGGUGGGGAAAGAGGAGAAGCGAUAACAAGAACGACGCCGAAAAAAGGUAGUUAACGAGUUGACAAGCCAAAAGCAACAAUAACAAGCUGGAAAGAAGGAGAGCUGGAAAAUUAUUGGAAAGAGCGAGAGGGCGAGAGCACCUGGAACAGGUUACCCCCUUCCAGAGCUCCACUAAAAACAGCAGAAUCUGCAUAAGGUUCGAAUUCUUUGGGGAGAACAGAACGGGAAGCUAAGGAAAGAAAUCCCCAAUUCUGGAUUCUUUCGAAAGACAAGUGGGGAAGCUCGAGUGAAAGAAACCCAUAAUUUAGGCUCACCUUUGAUAAAAAGUAGCGAACUUAAAAUUAAAAUCCUAUUCUUUCUGGAGAAGAAGAAUUACAAAGAAAACCACCAAGUUUGGAUUCCUUGAAAGGAAUCAAAUUCUUUGGAAAGCAAUUAAGAAGACCAAGAAGAGAGCCCCAAGGAAAUGAUGCCUCCCCAUGUGAUAUACAUCCUGGCGAUACUCCUGCUCCAUUCCCGCCUGGCGAAACCCUCAUCGAGCGGCAAUCCCAGCGCGAGUUCCAGUUCCCCGCCAGAGAUGCCCGCAUUCCGGCAAUGCGAAACCAUCCGGAUAGAGAUGUGCCGCAAGAUCGGCUACAACGAGACCUCCAUGCCGAAUCUCGUGGGCCACGAGAUGCAAACCGAUGUGGAGUACACGCUGCAGACCUUCUUCCCGCUGAUCGAGUACGACUGCAGCUCCCAGCUGAAGCUCUUCCUCUGCGCCGCCUUUGUGCCCAUGUGCACUCCGAAGGCGCCGGUGCAUGCGAUCGGUCCUUGCCGGAGUCUCUGCGAGUCGGUGAGGAUCCGGUGCCAUCCGAUCCUGCAGGGCUUCGGCUUCCCAUGGCCGCCGGCGCUGGACUGCGAGCGGUUUCCGCGGGAGAACAACCACGAGACGAUGUGCAUGGAGGGUCCGGGCGAGAUGCACCAGCCGCAGCAGGAACAGGAUCUCUACGGGAUGCCGGGACAGGGAAUCCCACCCGGCGGACUCGGCGGCAAACUUCCGCUGGACUGUUCCGGUUUGGCCAAGUCCCAUUUGUACGUCCGAUUGCCGCGAUCCGGUCGAUGUGCCCCACUUUGCGAGGCGGACAUCCUCUUCACGCCGGCUGAAAAACAUCUGGCCGAGAUCUGGGUCUCCACGUGGGCGUACGCCGCUCUAGGAUUGGCCCUGGUGGCCACCGUUUGCCUCUUGGCCAGCGACGGGAGUCGUUUGGCCAGCGCCAAGUGGUCCAGACUGCUAUCGCCGCUGAUUUGGUGCCACAACAUGGUCACCUUGGGAUGGACGGUGCGCUUCGUGGUGGGAAGGACGGGCACCGCCUGCGGAACGGAUCCCCAGGCGCCCAACGAGUCCCUGCUCAGCGUGGACGGACUCUCGAACGCCUCCUGCGCCAGCGUCUUCCUCAUGCGCUACUACUUCGGAAUGGCUGCUUGUGCCUGGUGGGCUGUGCUCUGCUUGGGCUGGCACCGCGACAUUCGCCGCCACAGUCCGGAUUCGAAGGGCCAUGUGGCCAUUCCAUCGAACUUCGCCGGCAGUCCGGCGAAGAGGAGCACUCCGAAGAGCGGCCAGCAGGAUCUGACCCAGAACAACUUUGUGUGCUUCGUGGCCUGGGGACUGCCGGCCUUCCAGACCGCCGCUGUGAUUGUGGCCCGCUUUGUGGACGCUGACGAGUUGCUGGGCGUCUGUUUCGUGGGCAACCAGUCGGAUAAGGCGCUGCAGAUACUGGUGGCCACGCCCGUCUUUUGCUAUUGGAUCUUCGGCUCGAUGAACCUGAUAUCCGGCUACCUGGUCCACUGUCGCACCAAGGAAAUCCUGCGGAACAGCAAUACCCUCAGUCUGCAGCAGCAACUGCAGCAGUUGAGUGCCCACAGCAGUUCCGGAAUCGGCAUAUUCCUCUUCAUCUACGGACUGGCUUGUGCCCUUUUGCUCCUUGCGGUUAUUUACGAGUUUGCCAACAUCGAUGUCUGGCUGGGAUCGGGCGACACCAACACACCGCUGUGGCCAUUUUUGGUGCGCGCCUUUAUGGAACUUAUGCUGGGUAUCUGCUGCUUUGCUUGGGUCCUGGGACCCAGCAUAUCCACCCUGUACAAACGGCAAGUGGGCAAUGGCAAGAUUGUGAAGCAGCCGACAGUUGGAGGCGGCGGAGGCGGUGGAGGAGGAGGAAGCACCCAUUUGGACGGGCACAGCAGCUCGCGGGGAUCGCAUGCCGCAUGCAACAGCACGGUGGUCUCCUACCAUUCGGUGCGGCCUUCCAUGACCAGUGCUCCCUUGCCGCCGAGUCCGUAUAAGCUGAAGACCUCACCCGGUUCCAUAUCGCUCAACCAGAUGUCCAACUACUCGCUGGGCCGGAGCACGCACCACCACAAGCAGCAGCAGCGGCACUCGCCGCAUCAUUAUCACCACCACCAGCAGCAGCAGCAGCAGCAUCACCACCAUCAUUCCUCGUCCUCGCACCGCCUGUAUUACCCACCGGGCAGCUACGCCUCGCAGAAGUACAGCCAGCACGGCGGCUACUAUCCGCAUCUGCAGCACUACGGUGACGAGACGCUGCUCUAGGCACGAUCGGGACUCCCCUGCGAUGUCAGGGUGGGAUUCCCCAUGCUUCCAGUCAAGGUUCCUGCGGCAGCUGCUGUUCCAAAGUCAGUCCUGUACGUAAUAUAUAAGCUAAAGGUGGCGAGGUUUUCUAGGAGUAAGGUUUAGGGAAUGGAGUAAUGGUUUAUUACAAAGAGUGUUAGCCUCCCCCUAGAAAACAACGAUGGAUUCCCAUCUACGAACUGUGUGUGUAUAUAUAGACCAGGAAAUGUCCUUUUGUUUAGUUCAAGUCCGCAACUUUAGGUCAUAGGUCAUCUAGCCAACCCCGACAAUGUAUUGUAAUUGCCCUAGAUGGGCCUCAUAUCCUAUUUUCCUAUUUUCGUGUGUACUUAAUGUUGCUCCUAAUUAGUUGCCCCUUGCGUUGCCCUUUUUGCCGUUUUGGUGUAACCAAAUCCAAUAAUCGCUCUUGCCUUUCAGACACAUAGACUUUAUGUCGCCUGUGUGCGCACAUCUAUACCAUUUUUAUGUAACCUUAUUAUAUAUUUUAUUUUUUUUUGAGAUCGAGAAAGAAACGCGCAGCAACCAAAUACUGUGAUACGCAUGUUCAUGUCUUCAAAAACCUUGCUGUCUUCUUCUCUUGAUGCCGAAACAAGUGUACUUAACGAACUUAAAAACGAGAAACAAACGCAAUUGCAAUCCUAGCCGUAAUGCCUAAUUGUAUUCAGUGUGCCAUUAGCUUUAGGGACUUAAACUAGCGAGUCAAAAACACAAAACGCCUUGAAACGCCGUUUUUAAACAAACUUUAAGAUACAAAAUGAACAAUUUCAAUAGCCUGAAGAUUGGAUUAAAAGCAGCAACAAGAUCAAGGCCUUAUUUUAGCUGUCCAUCUACUAAACCCCUACAAAACUGGGAGUCUAUGCGAUCCGUAUAGAUCCCAAACUAACAGUAUAUGUAUUUUGUAUGUGUAUUUUUUAUUAUUAUAUGUAACUUAUUUGCUAGCGAAUAAAGUGUCGAAAAGUUAA